AGAAAGGGCAAUUAUGGAAUUAGAAAAGGAUAGGGCGUUGGAAGUAGCUGGAGCAGAGGAAGAAGAGCUUGAAGAAGGAGAGAUCCUCGACGACGACGAUGCCUCAGCAGCAGGAGGCGGAGGCAGCAUCACAUCAGCGCCACUCCCUCAACACCCGCUCGAGCAUUCAUGGACCUUCUGGUUCGAUAAUCCUUCAGCCAAAUCGAAGCAGGCUGCGUGGGGCAGCUCCAUACGCCCCAUCCACACAUUCUCCACCGUCGAAGAGUUCUGGAGCCUUUACAAUAACAUACGUCAUCCAAGCAAGUUGGGCAUUGGUGCGGACUUCCAUUGUUUCAAGUUCAAAAUUGAACCAAAGUGGGAGGACCCAGUUUGUGCCAAUGGAGGGAAGUGGACCAUAAGUUGUGUAAGAGGGAAGGCUGAUACAUGGUGGUUACAUACGUUGUUGGCAAUGAUUGGGGAACAGUUUGACUAUGGUGAUGAAAUUUGUGGGGCUGUUGUUAAUGUGCGAACAAAGCAGGAAAAGAUAUCUAUAUGGACAAAAAAUGCUUAUAACGACGCUGCUCAGAUAAGCAUUGGGAAGCAGUGGAAGGAGUUCCUUGAUUACAAUGAUGCCAUCGGAUUCAUAGUUCAUGAGGAUGCAAAGAAGCAUGAUAGAUUUGCAAAGAAUCACUACACAGUCUAAUCAUCUGAAAUCCUAAUGUUUGGACAAGCAAGUAAACGGAGAAAGGUUAGUCUAUCUACUACCCGACAAAAGAAUUCAAUCCAGAACUUGACUCUUGUGUAAUAUUUGUUAAGAAAACGAUGAUCCAUAGGUAGGCCAGAGGGCAUGACUGUUGAUGAUCGCUCCGUUUGUUGAUUAGUGAUUGACUUAUUUCAUAGUCAUCAACAACAAUCGGUCACUGAUCGUAUAUUCUGUUUCAUUGUUCAGAAAAUUAACCCCCUUGUCUUUCUUGUUUCUUU